GUCCGUUAUAUAACGCAAUUUCUAAUGCAAAGUUGAUCGCUGAGUAUAUAAGAACGUUUCUCCGAACGCAAAUGAUAUAUAGUUUGAUAAGGUUCCUGCAGAUCGACCGCGGAUCAUUUACUCAUCGAUGCGCACGUGAGAUCGUCACGAGUUCAUUGAAAGCCCGGAGCGAGAUGAAAGAUAGAGUUGCGUGCCAAGUAGCCAGCUCGAUUCAUUCGAGUCCUUACGCAGAGGUGCACGACGUUCCGAUGGACGUGAUUAUCAGACCUUUGCCCCCUGUGGUAAACGAGGAGAAGGUCGAAGGUUUAAUGAGCGCGUUGAAAAACUUGGAGACUGAGCAGACGGUACCACCCAUCGACGUAUUGUGGAUUAAAGGGACCGAAGGUGGCGACUACUACUACUCUUUUGGUGGCUGUCAUCGUUAUACCGCCCAUCAGCGAUUAGGUAAAGGGUCCAUUAAAGCCAAGAUAAUUCAAUCAACGUUGGCGGAUUUACGUUGUUAUCUGGGAAAUUCUACUCCGAACUUGAAGUGAUUUUAAGCAUUACGCAUAUGUCAACCGCAUACGUACAUAUGUAUACACGCGCGCACGCACACGCAUACCCCUGGUAAAAAUUCCGUUAGAAACGGAUAGAAUAUGCAUUAAAUUCUAUUUCGCGAAAACGCAUAGUAGAACAGUCAGAAACAGAUAGAAUUUAAUGCAUGUUCUAUCCGUUUCUAACGGAAUUUUUACCAGGGACACACAAGUACACACGGGGUGUCCCGAAAUAAGCGAUGGUUGAAGAGUCAUCUGUCAGUGAUCGCGAAUGUGUACGACAUCUAAUAUCAGUGCACGACACACGGACAGAAGAUUCUUUAAUCAACACAUAUGACUGGUUAUACUUUAAAGCCAUAUAUGUAUAAAAAUACCACUUUAUGCUACAAAACAGCAUGCAUUUUCAUUACUUAAUUUUUCGGAGCUUUUGCGCUGCAAUCUUAUUAUUCUCGAAUUUUGAGACACCCUUAUAUUAAGUGCAUUGCAUUAGACUUAUAUGUGAACAACAUACAUAAAUAUAUAUUUACAUAUUUUUUAUUGUUACAUUACAUUAACUUGAAGAGAAACAAUAAUGUGCAGUUAUUGAUUUCAUAAUAACAUUGCUACACACAUUACUUUGCAAAGGUAUAGGUAUAUUUACAUCGUUAUAUUUUUAUAAAUAAUAUAAUCUUUUCUAAUGAAGAUAGAAAAGCUGAGAGAUAAAAUUAAUUUUGAAUAAAACUUUUUUUAUGUAAACUACACAUGUGAUUACUUUGCUACUAUUAUGUACAAACAUUAUCCUCUACGAAUAAAGAAUAAGUUGAUCUUUCCAUAGAAAUUCAAUUUUUUGUAAAAAAUUUUAUUCUGUUUUAUUUCAAAAUAACUCUUUUGUUCUAUUUCUUAUUCUGCUGCUUUCUGAUUACUCAUUUACCAUGUAACCAUAUCAGAAUGAGAAAGCAAGUAAAAAAAACUGCAAUAUUUUUCAUAUUCUCUAUACAUAUAUGCCAUUGAAAUAAGAACUGAAAGAAAAUUGUAAAAUAAAAUACUUGCACAACGAUUUUAGAGAAAAUUGACUGUUAAACCCAUUACUUGCACAAAAGCUAAUUGAAAUAAAUCUUGAAAUAGUUUAAAAUUAAUUUUCUGUCGCACCAGAUAAUUAAUAUGUACAUACGUACAUACUUGUUAUGUAUAAAGAUAUGUGAAAUAUUUGAAAUAAAAUUUAGAAAAAACA